AUGGUUGUUCACAAAGAUUCAGUAAAGCUGAAGAAGUAUGAAGAAUUCCUUAAACGUCACAUGAUUAUCAACAACUCGCUGAAUGACCAACAAAUUGAUUAUAAGAUUGAAGAUCUACUAGAGCUAUGUCAGGAUGCUUUGGACGUCAUCAAGAGAGAUGAAAUGCUGGCAACGAUCAGCCCACCAGUUGUUGUCGUCGGUGAUAUUCACGGCCAGUAUUUCGAUUUAUUGCGUUUAUUUUCGUUAUUCAAUCAGAAUAGUAUUCAUGGAGUAUUCACGAUGAAAUAUGUUUUUCUUGGUGAUUAUGUAGACAGAGGAAGUCGUUCACUCGAAUGCAUUUCAUUAUUAUUUACUCUGAAAAUACUUUUUCCUACUAAGUAUUUGCUAGUUCGAGGAAAUCACGAAACACGAAAUGUUAAUCGAUUUUAUGGCUUUUACGAUGAAGUUUUGAGCCGAUUUACGGAUGAAAACAAAGCUCGAACUAUCUGGUUAGCUUUUAACGAAGUCUUCGAUUGGAUGCCCAUUGCUGGAUUGAUUGGAAAGAAAAUUCUGUGUAUGCACGGUGGCAUUUCAUCUGAGUUAAACUCACUACAAGAUAUCCGAAAACUUCAACGACCAUUAGAGGACCCCAACACCAAUAAUCUUGCUUUGGACAUUCUUUGGGCUGAUCCAGCUCCAAACUACAAAGGGUUUGGUAAAAAUUUGAACCGAGGAAUAUCAUGUGUGUUUGGAGAUGAUGUAGUUAAGGAGAUCUGCAAGAAGUUGAAAAUCAGUUUAAUUGUUAGAGCUCAUCAGGUAAUGAUGGGAGGGUACUCGUUUUUUGCUCAAAAACAUUUGGUUACAAUUUUUUCGGCUCCUCGAUAUCAGUCUGAGUGGAACAGAGCUGCUGUCAUGGUCAUAAAUAAGGAUGGAAAGUACAAGUUCAAACUUUUGAAUCCAAUUGAUACCUUGACAAAAGAAGGAUCAAAAUUAUUGAUUACUCAAGCAGAUUCCACUCCCACGGCAUCACUCAAUCUCACACAAACUCAAAAUUCCUCUUCAAGUCAAACGAAAGAGAAAUGA